CUGAAUUCAUCAGAUCUACUUCUUGCCUUCUUAUUUGUUUUUUCAUUUUCGGUAAAAACACUCUUGCAAAAGUCAUUCGAUUCAAGGGUUUGCUAUGGGAUUAUUAGUGCCAGUAGUACUAAUUUUCAGCCAAGGAACAAAAUUACCAUUUUCAAAACAAACAUCUACCAGUACAUCAUGAGUUCAUCCCUUGCAGAUGCUUGCUUAAGAAAAUUCUAGCAACCAAUCCACAUACAAUCUGGGCUUCUUCAAUUCUUGAAAUUGUCUAAUUUUUCUGCUCGAAAAGAUCGAACACCCUCCAAUUAGACAAAAUGGUAGCAGAGCUAUGGAUGUCGGCCGCUAUAGCUAGCAUUGGCAUCAUGCUUAUCAUAAUGCUUCAUGUCUGCAUUCUUCGAAGAUGUGGCGCAGGAACUUCUCGAAAUCGGAUGAUUAACAUUACCGGGGCUGUCCCAAUUAAUCAAGAUAGCAGCACAACAGGCACAGAAUGCGCAAGCAUGUCGAUCGAUGAUUUAAAGAAACUCCCUUGUUUCCAGUACAAGGAAGAAGACCCAAACAAGGAAUGUGCUGUGUGCUUGGAGGGCUUCAAGAUCGGUGAAGUUUGCAGAUUGCUGCCCAUUUGCAACCACAGCUUCCAUGUUCAGUGCAUAGACUCGUGGUUGCAACAGACGCCUUCUUGUCCUGUCUGUCGAACAUCUGCUGACUCUAUUUAGACGCAAUAGCUAGUGAGAAAUAUUUAAUAUCGUGCAUGGUUAUCAUCAUUUUCUCCCGUGAUUUUGGGAUUUGGAAUCUGGGUUCGAGCUAGACUCCUAUUUGCCUUCUGAAGAAAGACCCUGUUAUCUGCCAAACUCCUAUUUACCAGGUUGGUUUUUCUGGAAAUUUCAGCACACUAACUGCAACACAGCCUCUUCUUCUUGUUGGUAGCUGCUGUAAAAAUCUUCAAUUUAGUAUGGCAAGUUUUUCAGCUAA